ACCAUAGGGCGGACAAAAUUACAACAAAAUCAAGACGUAGAUGACACACCAAUCAAGAAAAAACGACAUAGUCCAGAUCCAAACAAAUUAAAUUUCGAUCGUCAUGCUCUACUUGAAGAAGUGUUAGGAAUGGAUGUUGGUAGUAAGGUAUAUCUUCAUGUAUCUGUUAACAUUUGUGUUGAACACAUUGCCAUUUAUAUCAUUGUCCAAUUUUGAACAAAAAAAUAACUUGUGUGACACAUCGAUUUAUUUCCUCUUGCAGAUAAAUUACUCUGACUUGGCCCGAAAAUAUCAUAUACCUGGAACUACUGGAAAUACAGUUGUUAAGGAAUUUCUCGAAGAUAACGGUGUUGAUUUAUCAAAAUUUGCAAACAAUUUUGUUAACCCAUGCAAAUAUCGUCGAAAAUAUGAAAAGUUUCCAGGUGAGUACCUAAAAAAAAGAAGAAUUGAUAUAUAAUGUACGCUUCCAACAUUGUGUCUUGUCAUCAAAUCUGUAUAAUUUAUAGCAAAAGAUUCUUAAAUUCUUUCAAGUGUUACAGUAGAUUUCUGUGUGUAGAACAAUGUUUACCUAAAACACAUUGCAUCUUCACAAUACUUUUAGAAAUAUGUAUUAUACAAAAAGAGGAUGUAUAUAUCGUAGCGUUUGUACAAUCAACUUAACAUUCCUUGUUCAGAAAGAGAGAUAUUGAGAACAUUUCAUUUUUUACAGAUGGAAGUGGAGUGUCGGUUCCUAUGCCCCCUACAUUUGAAAAAAUAAAAGAGGAGAUACUGAAGAAGAUUGAAUCUGGAGAUAUUCUAUUAGGAUCUUUGGUUGAGCCAAAAAAAUAUAAAAAAGCUGUGAUAAAGAAUGGAGUGAUUUUCAAUGAAGAAUUCACAGUAUCUGGUCGUUGUAUACCACUGAGUGACAUUCGCAGAAAGAUUUUUGAAGAACAUCAAAGUUUGGGGAUUAUGAGAAAUCCAAAAGGUGCUUUGACAAGAUACUUCAUACUAUGGUCUGAUCAUGCAUCACUUUUGAGUGCUGGCCAUUUACUAUUGACUGUCAAAGUUGUUUACGAUGACAAGUUAUUUUAUACAGAUGAGGAAAUGUAUGCAAAAACAGGAAUUUGUCAUGAUGUUCAAGAACUUGUGGAGCGUCCAUCCGUUUAUAUUAUUGGUUUUGCCCAGGAUAGCAUUGCAGAGAAGCUUUCAUAUGUCGAAACCAGACUUAAUGACAUUAGAAAAUUGUCUGACCCAUUAAUUGUCAAUGAUAAGAAAGUGGUUGAUGUGAUAAGGUUUUUUCAUGGUGACCAUCCUGAAAUACAAUACGAGAGUGGUAACUCUCAUGGUGGAAACUUUCCCUGUCUUUGUGGAUGCAAAAAAUCAAGAUUUACAGAUAUAGCCCAUGUCUACAGUAACAAAAUAGUGUCCUUGGAACAAAGAAGGAAGAAGGUAAUAUCAGGCCCAGCAGGACAACAACAAAAAGCUGUGUCUCCAUUUCAACAACUCAAUGUGGAGAAACUGGGUCUUGAAGUAAAUUACAGAAACCUUGACCGUGACUUACCAGUUCAUCAAAAGUUGCACAAAAAGGACCUUGAACAGCUACUAAAAAAUCAUUUGACAGGAAUUAUCCGUGUUCCAGCUCUUUGCUUUGGAAAUGAACAUAGUACAAUGGAGUCCUUGAAUCUUGCUAAUUAUGAAGUGAUGCCGAUUGAACCACUGCAUGAUUGUAAAGGACAUAUCAAGAAUUUGUGGGAUGUUUUGCAUGAAGUGUUGACACCUCAAGAGAAUAAAAUUUUUCAACAGUCCCUAGAUGCCACAUAUGGUUCGAAGGACAAGGUGAGAGGAUCUGACUAUCGGCUGUCAUCAAUAGUUGUUUACCAAUCAAUGCAAAGCACUUGCAGAAAGGAAAUCAAAGAGUUGUUGUACACAUUGAUGGAGCUAGUUCGGUUAUCAUAUCUUAAAUCCCAAAAAAGGUCCCCACGAAUUAUUCUACGAUUACAUAAUAUUAGUUUCCAGCAUGCCAUGUUGUGCCAAGAUCUGUUUGGGCAUAAUUUAAAGUCAAUGUCUACACAAAAGCUUUAUGGCAUUUAUUAUCAUGGCUUGACAACACAUUUAGCAGAAGUAUCGAGAAUUAUCUCACCAAGCUCCUUACACACAGAGAAUGAAGAACAGCUAUUCAGCAAAAUUAAUCAAAUAAGUUUGAGAACAUCAGCCAGAUCCUUAGAAUCCAUACGUGAUAAUAGCAUCAUCCGUAUUCAAGCUGAACAGAAAUUUAUUGCCAAAGAAUGUUCUAGAAAAUCAACUAACACAUCUAAAAUAUCGAAAUUUUCAGAGAGUGUACUUGAUGAGAAAAGAAGUUGUUUUAACAUUAACUUACCUCUACGGAAAUAUCAGGCACACUUGGAAAGAAUUGCAGAUUUUUUGCUCUAUGGUAAUGGUGUUUGGUGGCAUAGAGAAAAUGAUAUUAUCAUAUUUCAUGAUGGAAAAGAGGAUGAUGAUUUCAGAGUUGAAGGGCCUUUGAUGACAAAUUUCAAACAAGACAACCUGCAAUCAGUAGCAAAAGAUGUAGAAGCUUGUUGGAAGAAAUGCGUUGAUCGUGGUAUUGAAUUGCCAAUCACAAAGAUAAAUACUUUCGACGAAAAUGGAGAUUUAAUAGAAUGCAAGGCACUUGAAGAAACUGGCGUUACAAAUCCAAAAGCAAACAUAACAAGUAAUAUCAAACUGAUGGCUGAUGAUGAUAAUGCAGAAUAUGAUAAUGCGUAUAUAUCACAUGAUAAUAAUGAAGAGAUAGAAAUGGAGAUAGAUAUCACAUUAGAACAGCAACCUUCCUUAUUGGAUUUAGAAGUUGACCAAGCUGUUCAUUUUAAGAAAGAAACAUCAAACACAAUUACAUUGGAACAACAACCUUGCAUAGCUGACUCAGUUACUAAUCCUAAAAAAACUGCAGAAAAUAGUAAGUUGGAAAAGAUCUGUAGAGACAGACAGACGAAAGCUGACCAAAACCCAAUUCUUGAAUCAGGUGUAUGCAAGAACAUAAUGUAUGUUCUUGGCUAUUCAGAUAAAUUGAAGGACUUCGACCGUCAUCAUAUGUCAUAUAAGCUGACUAAAAGUGAACAUUCAAGAAAAAAAUGUAGAGCAUUUAUCAUUCAUUUUCGUGAAAAAGUGAUGGCUGUUCAGCAUGAAGCAGAAAAAGCUACGAAAGAUUGGGAAAAAGACUUCAUAGCAAAAAAUUUUAAGAUGCCGAAUACAGAAGAGCUUAAAUCAAAUAAAAUUUACAUGGAGAAAUAUAAAUUAAAUUACCACGCCAAAAAAAUUCUUGAACAAUGGACAAAUAUUUAGUUUUUCAGCAAAAGGAUCAAUAUGCGCUUUUAAAUUUUAAGAAGCAUAUUUUUCAACAAAUUAGCCAGAGCUAGCUAAAAUAAAAACAUUUGAUAUAUAUAUAUAUACAAAACUUUUUUUCUGAUACGUUUCGUAUGGGAAAUGUAUUUUUAUAUUAUUGUGGAUCAUCAUUUUGCACAAACGAAAAAACAAGAACAACACGAGAAGGAAAUUAAUACCUUUAAAAAGAUAUCAAAGUAUUUGUUGUUGCUUUGACGGGCUUAAUACGCAAUAAUCUUGUAUUGUGCAAAACUUAGAAGAAAUAGCUAGCUAGCUAACAGUCUUAAAAAGGUCCAUUUUUACAAUCCAUUAUGUGGGUUAUAUAUCUGCACCCUAAAUCAAGAGAAUACUAGCUAAACUGCUUUUCUAAUUAAGCUACUCUUUCGUACAGAGGUAGGAUUUGCACCCACAACUAUUUAGCUAAGUAAUCUGCAGUGAUCUAAGAACUACAUAAACAGUUUAAUUUCUUGACUAACUGUUUUUAUAUUGUAUAUAUCUAUCUAUGUAUAUAUCUAUGUAUAUAACAGCCAGAAAGGCUAUGUAUAGCUCUGACAGUUACAAAGUUUAGGUAAACACUUCCAGAAAUAUAUAGCUAGCUUUUGCUAUAGCUACUAUAUAUAUAAUUUUGACAGGUAGCUAUAGGCAAAUAGAAUAUAGAAAAUUUCAAAUAUAUAGAAUAAAUAAUAUUACAAACCUUGUUUUUACUGCGUGAUCACAAAUACCUUAACAGCCAAAUGUAUGGUACAACCAACCAUUUCUGUCAACACAAAAACACAAAAAUGGCGGCACCUUCUUGUCUUCUUCACAAACUUGAAACGACAAAAA